CGGCCGGCCCGUGCAGCGAGCCCCGCGGCCCCGGCCCCCACGCCCCUCGCCCCGACGCCCUUCACCAUUAAGAGGAAAGCGAUGGAGGAGCUGAGCGCUGACGAGAUCCGACGGAGGCGCCUUGCUCGACUUGCUGGUGGACAGACUUCACAGCCCUCUACCCCACUUACCUCUCCACAGAGAGAAAACCCACCAGGCCCUCCUGUAGCAGCACCAGCCCCAGGCCCUUCCCAUAAUCUUGGUCUAAAUGUCCACAACAUGACCCCAGCUACCUCCCCAAUAGGUGCAUCAGGAGUCACGCAUCGAAGCCAGAGCAGUGAAGGAGUCAGUUCGCUCAGCAGCUCACCGUCUAAUAGCCUUGAAACGCAGUCACAGUCUCUCUCACGGUCCCAGAGCAUGGAUAUCGACAGUGUCUCCUGUGAGAAAAGCAUGUCCCAGGUGGAUGUAGAUUCAGGAAUUGAAAAUAUGGAGGUUGAUGAAAAUGAUCGCAGAGAAAAAAGGACCCUCUCUGAUAAGGAACUGUCAUCGGGUUCUGAGGUAUCAGAAGAACAGGCCUUACAGCUGGUCUGUAAGAUCUUUCGUGUCUCUUGGAAAGACCGGGACAGAGAUGUCAUCUUUUUGACUUCGCUUUCUGCACAAUUUAAGCAGAAUCCAAAAGAAGUGUUCUCAGAUUUUAAGGAUUUGAUUGGCCAGAUUUUAAUGGAAGUGCUAAUGAUGUCCACUCAAACUAGAGAUGAGAAUCCUUUUGCCAGUCUGACUGCGACUUCCCAGCCGAUUGCAACUGCAGCUCGGUCACCGGACAGAAACCUGAUGCUUAGUACAGGAUCCAAUCCAGGAACGAGCCCCAUGUUCUGUAAUGUGGCUUCCUUCAAUGCCAGCUCACUGUCCAGCCUCUAUGACACUAGCCCAACUCCCAAUACCCCUUUCUCAAGCUAUGUGCCAGUGACGAGUUCCUCCUGUGCCUCACCUUCCAAUGCAACCGCUCCGAUAUCUGUGCCUUCCAUUUCGCUCAGUCCUCAUAUUCCAGGAGAAAGUCCUGCAGGAAGCCAGGCUUCGUCUCCGAGGUAUCGCCCUUACACUGUGGCCCCUCCCUGGGGCUUCUCGACUUCUCCCACCCCGCGGUCCUCGAGCCUCUCUGCUUUGUCUAGCUCACCAAACCCGCCUGCCCUGUCGACCAGCCCUUCCAGACAAAGAUCCACAGCCAUGGGCCCACCCUUGUUUCCUGCUUCUCCAGGUCCCAUGAGCAGGCGUCCCUCUACCCUAAGGAUUCCUUCUAGUACGUACGACCAUCCUUUCUCCUUCCUCUUCCUCGCACUUUCUGAUAUGUCUGGGGACAGUAGCGAUGAAGAAAAUGAAGAUGAUGAUGGUGAUGAUGAGGAUGAGGAUGAAGGUGGUGGUGGUGAUGAUGAUUUUGCUUGUAUCCAGUUUGGGUCCAGUUUGGGAGCCUCUGGUGGGGCGAGUGCUUCUGAUUCCUGCAGCGACCAUUUCACCAUUGAAACGUGCAAGGAGACAGACAUGCUGAACUACCUCAUCGAAUGUUUUGACAGAGUUGGAAUAGAGGAAAGAAAAGCACCAAAGAUGUGCAGCCAACCGGCGGUCAGCCAGUUACUGAGCAACAUCCGCUCACAGUGCAUAUCCCAUGCUGCGUUAGUGUUACAGGGCUCAUUAACGCAACCAAGGUCCAUGCAGCAGCAGUCUCUCUUGGUACCCUAUAUGCUGUGUAGGAACCUCCCAUUUGGUUUCAUCCAAGAGCUGGUGAGAACAACCCACCAGGAUGAAGAAGUGUUCAAACAGAUCUUUAUCCCUAUUUUACAAGGUUUGGCUCUUGCUGCCAAAGAGUGCUCCCUUGAUAGUGACUACUUUAAAUACCCCCUUAUGGCAUUAGGUGAACUCUGUGAAAUUAAGUUUGGGAAAACCCAUCCCAUUUGUAGUUUGGUCGCCUCUUUGCCUUUGUGGCUGCCGAAGUCCUUAAGCCCGGGUUCUGGGCGGGAGUUGCAAAGACUCUCUUAUUUGGGGGCCUUCUUCAGUCUCUCCGUCUUUGCCGAAGACGAUGCAAAGGUGGUUGAAAAGUAUUUCUCAGGGCCUGCCAUUACCCUAGAGAACACCCGAGUGGUCAGCCAGUCACUACAACAUUAUUUGGAAUCAGCCAGACAAGAAUUGUUCAAGAUUCUACAUAGUAUUUUGCUGAAUGGUGAAACUCGUGAGGCAGCUCUCAGUUACAUGGCAGCUAUUGUCAAUGCCAACAUGAAGAAGGCACAGAUGCAGACAGAUGACCGGUUGGUGUCUACGGAUGGAUUUAUGCUGAAUUUCCUUUGGGUGCUGCAGCAGUUAAGCACAAAGAUCAAGCUGGAAACAAUAGAUCCCACCUAUAUAUUCCAUCCACGGUGUCGUAUCGUUCUUCCAAGUGAUGAGACACGAGUGAAAGCAACAAUGGAGGAGGUUACGAGUUGGAUGACUGAACUUUAUGGAGAUCAGUCUCCAUUUUCUGAGCCGAAAUUCCCUACAGAAUGCUUCUUCCUUACGCUGCAUGCCCACCACCUCUCUAUUUUGCCAAGCUGUCGUCGAUAUAUACGCAGACUCCGGGCCAUCAGGGAGCUUAACAGAACUGUGGAAGAUCUUAAAAACAACGAAAAUCAAUGGAAAGAUUCCCCACUGGCAACCAGACAUCGGGAAAUGUUGAAACGUUGCAAAACUCAGCUCAAGAAGUUGGUGCGAUGCAAAGCCUGCGCCGAUGCAGGUUUGCUGGACGAAAACUUCCUGCGCAGAUGUCUGAAUUUCUAUGGCAUCGUAAUCCAGCUGCUGCUGCGCAUCCUUGACCCUGCCUAUCCUCAUAUCACACUGCCUUUAAAUCCAGAUGUCCCUAAGGUGUUUGCAGCAUUGCCUGAGUUUUACGUGGAAGAUGUUGCUGAAUUUUUAUUUUUUAUUGUACAAUACUCACCUCAGGUGCUGUAUGAGCCCUGUACUCAGGAUAUCGCCAUGUUCCUUGUUGUGAUGCUCUGCAACCAGAACUAUAUCCGGAAUCCAUACUUGGUGGCCAAAUUGGUGGAGGUCAUGUUCAUGACCAACCCUUCUGUCCAGCCGCGGACCCAGAAGUUCUUUGAAAUGAUAGAGAACCACCCUCUUUCCACCAAGCUGCUAGUCCCCUCACUGAUGAAGUUUUAUACAGAUGUUGAGCACACUGGAGCCACCAGCGAGUUCUAUGACAAAUUCACAAUCCGAUACCAUAUCAGCACCAUUUUUAAAAGUCUCUGGCAAAACAUAGCCCACCAUGGCACCUUUAUGGAAGAGUUCAAUUCUGGGAAGCAGUUUGUUCGGUACAUAAACAUGCUGAUAAAUGACACAACAUUUUUAUUGGAUGAGAGUCUGGAGUCCUUGAAGCGGAUCCAUGAAGUGCAAGAAGAAAUGAGGAACAAGGAGCAGUGGGACCUGCUGCCCCGGGACCAGCAGCAGGCUCGUCAGUCUCAGCUCGCUCAGGACGAGCGUGUGUCUCGCUCAUAUCUUGCACUAGCAACAGAAACAGUGGAUAUGUUUCAUAUUCUCACCAAGCAAGUCCAGAAGCCUUUCCUCAGACCUGAACUUGGACCACGCUUGGCUGCUAUGCUGAAUUUUAAUCUUCAGCAACUCUGUGGCCCCAAGUGCCGUGACCUGAAAGUGGAAAACCCUGAGAAAUAUGGGUUUGAACCAAAGAAGCUCUUGGACCAAUUGACGGAUAUUUACUUGCAGCUAGACUGUGCCCGCUUUGCUAAGGCUAUUGCAGAUGACCAGAGAUCAUAUAGCAAGGAACUAUUUGAAGAGGUGAUUUUGAAGAUGCGCAAAGCAGGAAUAAAGUCCACAAUAGCAAUAGAGAAGUUUAAGCUGCUGGCAGAGAAGGUGGAGGAAAUAGUAGCCAAGAAUGCCCGGGCCGAAAUUGAUUACAGUGAUGCUCCAGAUGAAUUCAGAGACCCGUUAAUGGACACCCUAAUGACUGAUCCUGUGAGGUUGCCCUCUGGCACCAUCAUGGACCGCUCAAUCAUUCUUCGGCACCUGCUGAAUUCACCCACCGACCCCUUCAAUCGACAGAUGCUGACAGAGAGCAUGCUGGAGCCAGUGCCAGAAUUGAAAGAACAAAUCCAAGCCUGGAUGAGAGAGAAACAGAACACUGAUCAUUAGGCUGCCCUGCUUCCCCCAGCUUGAAAUAGCCAGGCCUCUUGAGGCAAGCAGGAGCAACCUUGGCAGCAGUGAUGCUGGUUAAUCAUUGAAGGAUGGAGGUGGCAGAGGAUGCAGAGGACCCACCAGCAGUGACUUAAAGCAGAGAGCUGGAAGGACAUCAGUGAGAGGAAACGCCUAAUUCUUGUACAUAUAUUUAAGUGAUAAAAGAUGGUCAAUAGCUUGGGGGACAUAUUAAGAGGUUGCUCAUGUUGCAAAACAUGUCCUUCAGUGUCACAAUUGGGGUUUUUGCAGCUGUAACAUUUUAGCAAUGACAAAUGGAUCUGGGCAGCAUCCCUUCAACUUUAUUUUUUACGAACAGAUAUCCGUUGAUUUGAUUGUGAUUAGAACUUUGAACAUUUUGCUGCUAAAGAAUCUUAUUUUCUCCUCCCUGCCCCCACUUGCACUGCUGUUUGGUUCUUUUCCUUUUUUUUUUUUAAGUGAUGCAAAAAAAAAAAAAAAAAUGAGAAAAUAAACUCCUUUUUCCCCUGGCCCUCUAAACACAUAUAUUCUAUGAAAUAACUGUGCCUGCAACAAAGUGUUAAUCCUGGGAUCGUAUUUUUAUAUCAUAUUCACAUAUUUGGGUUUGUUUUGUUUUUUUUUAAUUGGUGUUAGGUGACACGUGAUUUUUUAAAAAAGGGCAAAAUAUUUUCAGGAUUUGGAUUUUUUUUUUCUUUUGAAAUGUCCCUUUAAAAAUUUUUUUUUUUAUCGUGAACUAAAUGAAGAGAAUCUUGUUGCUCUGGUCCUUUUUAACAAGCCCUGAACUAGGAAUCUAAGAAAACAGCUGCAGAAAAGGAGGUGUUUGAGUGUAUCAGGACUUAAGUAACAUAUUGUUGGGGUUUGGGAUUUUUUUUUUGGUUGGUUUUUUUUUUUUUUAUUUCAAAACUGGUGAUGUACUAUGCUAAGGGACAGUUCUAAAUCUUUCCUAUUUACCUCCAGGAGGGUAAAUAAAUUCCUCAACUCUUGAAUUUGCGAGUUUGGGAGCAGGGGUCAUUUUUAUGUUGAAAACUAGUUUCUGUCCAUGGCUUGGCCUUACCAAAGCAGAAAGAGUGUGGGAAAUGUUAAAAGCAUGUUUUUCUAAACAGCAACACAUGCAAGAAGAUUUUGUAUUACUGCCCCUGCAUACAAUACUUGAAUUCUUGAAUUUCCUUUGGGGGGAAAAAGGAUUUUGAAACCACGAAGUGUUUUAAAGAAAUUAAGCCUGUUUAAAAAAUUUUGUUUUUCUUUUCCUAUUUCUUUUUUUUCUCCACUGACAGUGUCCUCUGUUCAAUUCCUGACUCUUGAACUACAAUAAAUGGUGAUCUACAUUCACAAGGAACCUUC